CCUGGCGCGCAGAGCGGGCGCCGGGGAGGCACGCUGGGCGGCCGUUCGUCCUCGCCUUCGGGUGUCCAUGCCUCGGCAGCGGCGCCCCGCUCCGCAGCAAGCGGCCUGCAAGCUGUAGCCAUGGCCGCGGUGGCAGUCCUCAGGAACGACUCGCUGCAAGCUUUCCUCCAGGACCGCACCCCCAGCGCUUCCCCGGACCUGGGCAAGCACUCACCCCUGGCGCUGCUGGCCGCCACCUGUAGCCGGAUCGGCCAGCCGGGCGCAGCGGCGCCCCCGGACUUCCUGCAGGUGCCCUACGACCCCGCGCUGGGCUCGCCCUCCAGGCUUUUCCAUCCGUGGACAGCGGACAUGCCUGCACACCCUGCCGCGGCCGCCGCCGCCCUGCAACGGGGCCUGGUGUUAGGCCCGUCGGACUUCGCGCAAUACCAGAGCCAGAUCGCCGCGCUGCUGCAGACCAAGGCCCCCCUGGCGGCCACGGCCAGGAGGUGCCGCCGCUGCCGCUGCCCCAACUGCCAGGCGGCGGGCGGCGCCCCCGAGGCAGAGCCGGGCAAGAAGAAGCAGCACGUGUGCCACGUGCCGGGCUGCGGCAAGGUGUACGGCAAGACGUCGCACCUGAAGGCUCACCUGCGCUGGCACACGGGCGAGCGUCCCUUCGUGUGCAACUGGCUCUUCUGUGGCAAGAGUUUUACGCGCUCAGACGAGCUGCAGCGGCACCUGCGGACUCACACGGGCGAGAAGCGCUUCGCCUGUCCCGAGUGCGGCAAGCGCUUCAUGCGCAGCGACCACCUAGCCAAGCACGUGAAGACGCAUCAGAACAAGAAGCUCAAAGUUGCUGAGGCCGGGGUCAAGCGGGAGGAUCCGCGAGACCUGUGAGCCCAUGCCACUCCCGCCUCCACUACCGCCUCCGUCUCCCUUCCCGCAAUGCUGCAGGACGUCCUGGGGGCCUGUGGGCAACUGGCAAUGGGAAGACUCAGAGGCGGACUAAACACUGCCAGCCUUUCAGAGUGGGGAUAGGCUCCUAGCUUCCCGGUCCUCCGCCAGGGGCCUGUGGCCAGGAGGAGCAGGGGAGGUAGGAUUGGGAUCUGGGGUCACUUGGGUUACUCCAGGGCGGUUCCAAACUCCCACCCUCUGGGAGACCUUCAAUUUUGAGAGACCACCCUGAGUUGGUCAUGUAUAUAGAAAACGCUGCUGAAUUAAACCGGAAAAAUCUUGGGAGAUUUGAAAUAGUGCUCGAGUUUUCACUAGGACCAGUUCGGGCUUUGUACAGGUUAUUUAAUAGCUUUGUUAAAGAAUAAUUAUAAUAAUAACAGUAAAAAUGUUACUUUUGUCGCAGCUCUACGCAGAGCUACAGCAUGAUAUGUCUCUGUAAAGUGAUCGGCAGUUGCAGCGUGAAAAUAAAUACGUUAACACCGGGGUCACUUAGGGAAGACCCUGCUGA